UUUGGUUGGUAGUGUGGAGGCUACUUGCUGUCAACUGAAUCGAUGUCACAUUCUUUACCUUCUCAAAUUCUAUCACAAUGGGAAAAGUUAAGUGCUCCGAAUUGCGUACAAAGGACAAAAAAGAGUUGACCAAGCAACUCGAUGAGCUCAAAACUGAACUCCUUGGAUUGCGUGUUGCCAAAGUCACCGGCGGUGCUGCAUCAAAAUUGUCGAAAAUCCGUGUUGUUCGCAAAGCUAUUGCCCGCGUCAACAUUGUGAUGCACCAAAAGACCAAGGAAAACUUGCGCAAAUUCUACAGAAACAAGCGUUUCAAGCCAUUGGACUUGCGACCAAAGAAGACUCGUGCUAUCCGCAAGGCUUUGUCUCCACGUGACGCCAACCGUAAAACCGCCAAGGAAUUGAGAAAGCUUUCAGUGUACCCACAACGGAAGUUUGCCCUCAAGGCAUAAGUGAAAAAUCUUAUUUUGUUUCGGUUAUUGGAGCGCUGAUAAGUUUUUUUUUGGAUACACAAACAACCAACUGUCAUUUGUUUCAUCAAAGCAAAAAAAUUGAAAUGAAUAAUAAGAUUUAAAUCAAUCUAAA